UACAUAACACCACCUAAAAUGGCUCACUUCCUCCUCCUAUCCUUCCCAGCCCAAGGCCACAUCAAUCCCACCGUCCAAUUAGCCAAGCGCCUCACCCGCACUGGGGCCCACGUCACCUUCGCCACCACCGUCUACGCCCACCGGCGCAUGAUAAAAUCCACCUCCCAGGACGGGCUAUCCUACGCUUCCUUCUCGGAUGGCUACGAUGACGGCAUGAAGCCCACCGACAGCCUCAAGGACUACAUGUUGCAGUUGAAGGACGUGGGCCCACGGUCCGUUUCUGACCUCAUCCACACCCUCGCUGAUGAGGGUUGCCCCGUCACGUGCGUAAUCUACAUCCUCCUCCCAUGGGCUGCUGACGUGGCAAGCACCCUACACAUCCCAUCCGUACUCCUCUGGAUGCAGCCCGCAGCGGUCCUAGCCAUUUACUACCAUUACUUCCACGGCUGCGAUAAUCUCAUAACCAGCUGCAAAAAAGACGCUACUUCUUCGAUAGAAUUACCAGGCUUGCCACUCCUCUCCGUACAUACCUCCCUUCAUUUUUUGGCUUUCGAACAAAUCAACCUCCCGUCCUUCAUAUCCAUGAAGAACUCUUCCAAACCAAAGGUGCUCGUGAACACCAUCAAUGCAUUAGAAGGCGACGCUAUGAAAGCCGUCGAUAAGCUGGACACGAUUGCGAUCGGGCCGUUGAUCCCGUCAGCUUUCUUGGAUGAGAGGGAGACCUCAGACAAAGCCGUUGCCGCUGACUUACUACCAGAAAAUCAAAUGGUGGAGAUUUUAAAUGGGUUAGUAGAAAGUGGCCGUCCUUUCUUAUGGGUCAUUAGACCAGCUGAGAAUGGGGCCGAAACCGAUACUGAUACUGAGUUCUGGAAGAAUCUGAUUGCGACGGAGGAAAUAAAACAAGGGUUGGUGGUGCAAUGGUAUUCGCAGGUGGAGGUUCUGUCGCACCCUUCAGUUGGGUGCUUCAUGUCGCAUUGUGGGUGGAAUUCAGUGUCGGAGAGCUUGACUCUCGGCGUUCCAAUGGUGGGAUUUCCACAGUGGGCAGACCAGCCGACAAAUAUAAAGAUGGUGGAGAGUGUUUGGAAGGCGGGUGUGCGGGCGAGGGUUAACGAGGAUGGGGUUUUGGAAGGUGGGGAGGUGAAGAGGAGCUUGGAUCUCGUGAUGGGAGGAGAUGAAGGAGAGGAGAUGAAGAAGAAUGCUAUGAAGUGGAGGGAUCUAGCAAUGGAGGCUGGUAGCGAAAAUGGUUCUUUGAAUAAGAAUAUCCGAGCAUUUGUGGAGGAAAUGACAGCCAGAAGACCAUAGAGGUGGGGAAGCGGAUUGCCUACUGACACUGUUAGUAGCUAGUAGCUACUGGACAGUGCUCUAUGGGGCCCACCAUGAUGUAUCUCUUUUAUCCACGCCGUCCAUCCAUUUUUCCAGGUCAUUUUAGAGCAUGAACCCAAAAAUAACAAAGAUCAUGUAUCUCCACAUAACAGGAAACAGUGGUGAUUGAACCCUCACAACUAAAAACUUCUUGGGAGCCCUAGGUUUUGGAUGAAGCUGAUAGUUGUGUUUGUUCUUCAUCUAGGUCAGUGUGACCUAAUUAAAAAGUUUGAGCAAAUAAACAUUACACUGGCCUUAGGAAGUUUUCAAUGGUGGGUGUUCAAUCAACACUGUUUUCCAGUGGUGUGAUCCACACUAUCUUAUUUUUUGGGGCUUAUGCCCUCACAUGAUUUUGAAAAAAUAGAUGAACCGUUUGUAUAAAACAUAUACAUCUUGGUGGAGCCACAUAGCACUGUCCAGUAGCCACCUGCUUGGUAGCUUCAGCAGGCAACCCUUACAGAGUUGGUGAGUGAAUACUCCCUUUAUGCGUGAUUAUCACUGGCACGUCGUUUGAUAAGCCGUUCAACUUUCUACUGCAAUAAAAAUUAGAUUACCAUUAAUGGCUUGCUUGGGUAGUAGAGGCGUCUGUAACUUCUUACCUAAUAAAAAAGCAUUUUGUGUGUAAUAAUAAUUUAAAAUAGCAAAA